UCAGAUCUAGACGCAAAACCAUUUCCUCUCUCCCAAAGCUUUCAGCAUUACCCUACCCUCUCCAGAAAACCUCCAUCAAAUUCAGCAGAAAUUCAUGGGUUCAGAAACUUUCCUGGAAGUGAUACUCGCAAUACUCCUCCCACCUGUUGGGGUCUUCCUGCGCUACGGCUGUGCAGUGGAGUUCUGGAUAUGUUUGCUUCUGACACUGUUCGGGUACAUUCCUGGAAUCAUAUAUGCGCUCUAUGUGUUAGUAGGAUAGAGUGAUCAAGAACCAUAUUUGAGAUCUACGUACGUGUUAGAAACUUGCUCUUUUUUCAUGUCAUCGUCUGUUUAAUUUAAUCUUAAGAUGAUCAGUGGCUGCUUUGUUUUUAGAUUACAAUAAUAUUUGACUAAUUCGAGUGAUGUUGUUU